CCGUGGCGUGAUGAUACGCAUCCGCUGCAAAGUGCAAAGCCGCCAGAGGAGAAAGCUUUAGCUUAGCUUUGCACCUGUGACUUGUUGAGCCAUGGAGUUCAAGCACCUGUGCCUGGUAAGGUUCAAGGAGGGCGUGGUGGUGGAGGACAUCAUUGAGGAGCUCACCAAGCUCGCCGCGGAGCUCGACACCGUCAAAUUCUUCGGGUGGGGAAAGGACGUGCUGAACCAGGAGGCGCUGACGCAGGGCUUCACCCACGUCUUCUCCAUGAGCUUCGCCAGCGCCGAGGACCUGGCGGCGUACAUGGGCCACGAGAAGCACUCUGCAUUCGCCGCCACCUUCAUGGCCGUGCUCGACAAGGUGGUUGUCCUGGACUUCCCCUUCGUCGUCGCCAAGCCGGCGCCAUCGCCUGAGGCCGCCUGAAUGAUACACCCCCACCACCCCCUGUAGCAGUAUCUGUCUGUUACUACUGAGCAAGUAUAAGCAUCUACCAUCGCCAGCCACUGUAAGGUGCCUACCAUUUCAGCUGUGAUGUACCUAAAGCCUCCUAUUUUUGCUUGCUUGUCCUGCUGCUACGGCGUUCACCGGCCUUCUGGCCUGUAAAGGCACUGUAAGGUGUAACUCUAUUCCGUGCAUUCCGUCGCUCAAAAGUUGCUUGGUUAUCACCCUUGAAUAAACAUCGCUGGUUUUGCUUUA